AUGAACUUUGAGGACGUGGCCAUUGUCUUCUCUGAGGAGGAGUGGGGGCUCCUUGAUGAGGCUCAGAGACUUCUCUACUGCAAUGUGAUGCUGGAAGUGUUUGCACUUGUCUCAUCUGCAGGUUGUUGGCAUAACACGGAUGACGAGGAGACCUGUUCUGAGCUCAGUAUGUCUGUGCAAGGAGAGUCACAGGUCAGGGCGUCUCAGACAGAGCCAGCAACCCAGAGGACCCAUCUGUGUAAGCGGUUUUUCUCUGUAUUCAAAGACAUUCUGCACCUGACUGAGUCUCAGGCAGCAUACUUUGAGCAGAAAGCCUUCUUAAGUGAUGAAUGUGUGAGAGACUUCUGUUUCAGUGCAAACCCUCGCCAGCAACAGAGGGAAGCCAGUGGAGAGAAGCCCUGGAAAGAAGCUGUGAACAGGGCCUCGUUUGUGACCAGGUGCAGCUUCUACUUAUCAGGGCUGCGUUCAUCCAGGAGGGAGGGUGGGGAAGACCUGCCAGCCAUCUCAGAGCUUCUCCAGCCCCAGGCCCCUCUCAACACUGAGGAGCCACACGGUGGCAGUGAGACUUCCCAGAAAAUUCCCAGUGGAACAGGUCAUAACCAGUGGGGUCAAUGUGAAAAUACUGCCAGCCACAACCAGAAUGUUAUUCAACAUGGCCUCUGCUCUGGAGAAGUGAAAUAUGAAUGUAACAAAUAUGGAAAUAUGUUUAGAGGAAUCUCUAGCCUCAUUCGACAUAGGAAAGUUCACAGUGGACAAAAGCCAUAUAAGUGUAGUGAUUGUGGGAAGGCCUUUGGAUAUAAGACUAACCUCAAUGAACACCACAGAGUUCACACUGGAGAAAAGCCCUAUGUGUGUAGUGACUGUGGGAAGUCAUUCAAUUAUAUCUCUGUUCUUAAUCGGCACCAGAGAGUUCACACUGGGGAAAAGCCCUAUGUGUGUAGUGACUGUGGGAAGUCAUUCAAGUAUAUCUCCGUUCUUAAUCGGCACCAGAGAGUUCACACUGGGGAAAAGCCAUAUGAGUGUACUGAUUGCGGCAAGACUUUCAGUCAAACAAACAACCUCACUGACCACCAGAGAGUUCACACAGGAGAAAAACCUUAUGAGUGCAGUGAAUGUGGGAAAUCUUUUAGAUGCCGUGGUCAACUUUUUACCCAUAGGAGAAUUCACACUGGAGAAAAACCUUAUGAGUGUACAGUAUGUGGGCAUUCCUUCAGACAACGGUGUACCCUGACUAAGCACCAGAGAGUUCACACUGGAGAAAAACCUUAUGAGUGCAGUGAAUGUGGGAAGUCCUUUAGAAAAAGGUGUACCCUCACCGAACACCAGAGAGUUCACACUGGAGAAAAACCUUAUGAAUGCAGUGAAUGUGGGAAAUCUUUUAAAUGCUAUGGUACCCUUUUGAACCAUAAGAGAGUUCAUACAGGAGAAAGGCCUCAUGAGUGUAGUGAAUGUGGGAAAUGUUUUAGCCGAAAGUCUCACCUCCUUAGACACCUGAUUGUUCACAAUGGAGAAAAACUGUAA